CAUUGUGAUAGAGGAGGUAUGGAGGAGGAAGACACCACACAGGACCAGACCCCUCUGACACACAGGGUAACCAUGGUUGAAUGGGCCUGUGAUCCGUGCUAACCCUAUGGGAACUAACAACACAGGCAGAGUGUGUGUGACUGGGUGUCUCUACGGAUUGUGUGGAAUGGAAGGGAUUGUUGUGGUCAGAAUAUAAUGAUUGGAACAAUCAACAAAGUGUAAGCAGAUGAUGACUUAAAGUAUGUCAUUUCAAGGCUGGUUUCAUAUGUUUAGUUUGGGCACCAUUGUUUGUUCUCUAUCACCAUAGCAGUGCUUGCAUGCUGACUCAUAUACAGUAUUAUAUGAUAUGUGUGCAAUUUGUAAAUUAUAAUAAUAAUUUGGUGGGUGCUUAUAUUUGUCCUAUUUCACACAUGUACAAGUGUGUGUUAAUACGCAUGUGUGAAUUGGAAAUGUGUUUUUUGCAUAUCCCAACUCCCCCUGAAAGAGUGGGUUGUCAAUAGAGCUAUGUUAUUCCAUAGCCUGUCAUAAAUUCUCAGGCCAGCCAUACCAGCUAACUGCAUCAAACCAGUAUUAUCAUGUUUUGGGACAAACAGACUGUAAACACACACAAUGCUUACCUUGGUUUAAUCUGCAGAAAUGGAAACCCGUGCAGCUUGAGGAGCCAGAGCCUAUUCACAUCCCUAGCAUUCAGGAGAGGUCUGCGAGAUUAGUCGCUAAAUUUAAGUGUAAACCUGAGAAACAAAAGGUAUGGCAUGUUGUGUGAAAAAACAGAGCCGUAAAUAAUCAGUCAAUUCAUUAUCUGUAAGUGAUAGGCCUAGUGGAUUUAUUUCAUUUUUUCAUAGUUUGAAUGUCUUUGGUGUUGGUUUACUACUGUACUCUAGCUAAGUGCUAAUUCCUCAUUCUCAUCAUUCUCAGUCCUGUCCUCUAACACACUACAUUCACUACCUUAACUGUAUGGUCUACACCUGUUGUAUUCGGCGCAUGUGACAAAUACAAUUUGAUUUGAUUUGUUGCCUUUUAUGAACUGUCCUAUUUUGAUGUCCUCUCUCUUUCCCCUGGAGCCUAAGAAAAAGCCCUCACAUUUCUUUAUAGAACAGUGGCAUCUGUCUCGCAGCCAGAACCCAGAGAGCCCCCUCUCCUCCCCUGAAACUAUCAGACAGGUAGCCCCUCCUCUCUGGCGACAACUACACUAACACAUUACCUCAUCUCUGCUUCCUGGAAACCUCACUAGAUUGAUUUUGAUAGAUUGGCUCUAUUUAAAUUAUAUAAGAUAUACCUACUGCCGUCAAUGACAGCUGCAUUAUAACAUUUCUCCUCAGACUGCUACAUUUUACAUUUUAGUCAUUUAGCAGACGCUCUUAUCCAGAGCGUCUUACAGUAGCAAUUAGGGUUAAGUGCCUUGCUCAAGGGGACAUCAACAGAUUUUUCACCUAGUCAGCUCAGGGAUUCGAACCAGAAACCUACCAGUAACCACCCUGCUAACCAGUAACCUCAUAAAUUGACCUAAGCUGAAUUUGCCCCUGUGUUUCUACUGCAUGGCAAAUGGAGAUUGGCUUUGGAACAAUGCAGCAUUUACAAGUACAUCAUAAAUGAGUAGUUACCUCUGCUAAUAGUGGAUUAGUUAUGUCAAGGCGCAGCAGUCAGGGCACCCUUGUUAGUAUGCAUAGGUCAGAUGAACCUGUCACAUAAAAAUCCCUUAAACCACUAAAGCACGCACAAAUAGCCUAACACACAAAGCUAAAUCAUCUAUCACAAUCAAUCAGGUUGCUCUCGCAAAAUAGUUUUCUAACCUCAAUGGUCUUUCCUGGUUAAAUAAAGGUUAAAUAAAAUCUGGAUCUUGUGUGGAGCAUGGGAUGUUUUGUGAAAACAGCACAAAAACAAAAGUGCAUGGCUAAAUUCUGCCUUACCCGUCCUAUUCUGUUCUUUGUAAUCUAAUAAUGCCUUCUUCUGCAGGAGCUAGAGCAUCUGCGCUCUGAUGACCAAAUGCCGUUACAUGUCCUUAGUAUACAGGAGAGGGCUGAGCAGCUAGCCUCACAGUUUCAAAGCAAGCCGACAAAGCCACAGGUGAUACACACCACUCGAUAGCCUUGGCCUGGGUUCAAAGCCACAGGUGAUACACACCACUCGAUAGCCUUGGCCUGGGUUCAAAGUCCAGGUGAUACACACCACUCGAUAGCCUUGGCCUGGGUUCAAAGUCCAGGUGAUACACACCACUCGAUAGCCUUGGCCUGGGUUCAAAGUCCAGGUGAUACACACCACUCGAUAGCCUUGGCCUGGGUUCAAAGCCACAGGUGAUACACACCACUCGAUAGCCUUGGCCUGGGUUCAAAGCACAGGUGAUACACACCACUCGAUAGCCUUGGCCUGGGUUCAAAGUCCAGGUGAUACACACCACUCGAUAGCCUGGCCUGGGUUCAAAGUCCAGGCUGAUACCACACACCGAUACCUUGGCCUGGGUUCAAGUCCAGGUGAUACACACCUACUCGAUAGCCUUGGCUGGGUCUCAAAGCCAAGGUGAUACACCCACUCGAUAUCCUUUGGCCUGGGUUUCAAAGUCAGGUGAUACACACCAACUCGAUAGCCUUGGCCUGGGGUUCAAAGUCCAGGUGAUACAUCACCACUCGAUAGCCUUGGACUGGGUUCAAAGCCACAGGUGAACACACCACUCGAUAGCCUUGGCCUGGGUUCAAAGUCCAGUUGGAUACAACCACUCGAUAGCCUGGCCUGGCCGUUCAAAGUCCAGGGUUAACACAGGUACCACUCGAUAGCCCUGGCCUGGGUUCAAAGUCCAGGACUUUACCACAACAACUGACCUGAUCUCUGAUCUCCUUAGUUACUUUACAAUAUGUCAUUAAUGUCAGAUCGAGUAAUAAAACAAUAGAUAAAACACCACUGUGAUUCGUCCUACUGUUUACUCAGUAUCUGUCAUUCUUGUAUUCUGUAGAAUUAGAAAAUGACCCAGCCAAGGGAUUUCCAUACCAGCUUCUCUACCUACUCUCUCUGUUCUCAUGCCAUGUCCUCCUGCCUUAACUGUCCUCUCUUUUCUCUCUUUCCCCUGGAGCCUAAGAAAAAGCCCUCACGUUUCUUUAUAGAACAGUGGCAUCUGUCACGCAGCCAUAGCCCAGAGAGCCCCCUCUCCUCCCCUGAAACUCUCCGACAGGUAGCCUCUCCCUCCUGAGGAGAUCUGCAGUGUGGCUGACUCUAACACACUACCUUACUCAGUGCCUCUGGGAGAUGGGCCAAAUAACUCACUGCCUGGCCUCUGAUAUGGGAUUGAACUGAUAUCCAAUGUGUGUCCUAACAAGCAUGUGGAUAAUGCAUACAGGAAUGGUUCAUCUCUAUGGGUGUAAACGCAUGUGCCGUUUUAGUCCAAGAUAUUGCUCAGCUAGCUGUGGUGAAAAGUGUGAUGAUGACACAGUGAAAAGUGGAAGAGAAUGUACUGUAGUCAUAGCUAUAUGAAUGAUUUAUGUUCCAAUAGAUUUAUAUUAGCAGUCCCUUAGGUGUGGCCUGCAUUAUUGCAGUUUUGUGGUCACUGUGCUUAGGGAGACCCGGCCAGGUGUUUUUGCCUCAGGACAGCCUAAUUUGAUCUUCAUGUUGACAACAAAUAAUUUUCUGUUCCAACUGUGUUGGUGUAAUCAUGGCUCAGAGAUGAUAUAUUAUAAUACAGCAUGGUAUAUUUACAGUAAAUCUCAUCCAUACUUUUAAAUAUUUAAAUGUCAUACUUUUCUAUGGCUUACACUGUGCUAACUCUGACCUAAAUUCUGUCUCUCUGCAGGAUAAAUGUUAUUUAGGGAUUUUUGUAGAUCUAUUCCCGGCCAUUUUAGGGUUACAGUUAAAGCGUGUUUGAGAUAAUACAAUGAAUCACUGAUCUUUUGAAUGUACAUAGUUGAUCCUAACAUCCUGUGUCCAUGGUGAGCAAUUAUGUUUCUUGUUUUAUUAGCCAAAGGGUUGCGCAGGGAAAAUUAACACCAUAAAUCUGGAUUUGUGCGGAUGCUCAAUCACAUUUGUGCGUGUGUCUGUGUGCAUCUGUGUAUGGGUGUAGGUUCAUAUAGCCACAGUUUAUUGCUCAGCAUCACAGGGCCAGUCAACAGCUGUUUGCUCCUCAUUAAAGUAAUAGUGUAUAGACAUCACUGGUGUUGUAAUGCUUCAACUCCCAGUACCCUUUCUGUCGGACACUGCAUGUGGUGGUGUGGCUCAUGGCUUGAUUAGUGUAAAUGAGGGUUCAAGAGUUCUAAGCAGUUGGUUUGUACAUAUUUCUCUUCUGUUGAAAACACUAAUUCAAAGCAGUUCAUUGGGUUGGUGGGCCAACACAUCUACAUGCUUGAUCAACCAAACAUGGCUUCAUUUCCCUCUCAUGAUAUCAGUUUAUUAUUAUUUUCCAGUGCUCUUUAGUGCCUUACAUAGUGUACUACCUGACCUCCUAUCAUAGUUUACCCCUCUUCCUCAUACUACUACUCUGUCGUUCCGUUCUCUCAUAUUCCUUUGCAUUCUUUGCAUGUCUUUAUUUUUCCUCCAUGUCUCUUUGUCUCUCUCAUCCUACUGUCCUUUCUUCCUCUCUCUGCCGUCCAUAGAGAUAUUUAAAGAUGUACACAGGGGGAGUAAGCUUAUUGGCUGAUCAGAUAGCCAAUCAGCUUCAACCUCAGGAGGAACCUAAGCCCUCACUUGACAAGAGGGAAUUGGUGGAAUUGGUAAGAGCCAAUGGUGUCGUAGGGCACUGGGCAUGUUGUGGACCCAAGAGUGAAGUGACUCCAGCUUGCGAAUGCAGCUGUGGUGUUUGGUGAUAAUGAGUGUAACUAGGACUUCCUGCUAGUUCUAGAGAAGUAUUAUAAUUGUGUGUUUCUUAGGAACUAACUCUGUGACCAUUGUUCUGUGUGUGUCGAACAUUUGACCUCGCGUUUGUUGUGGUAUCCAAAAUGUGCUAUAAUCUCCGGUGUUUCUGAAAAUGCGAAGUUCUUCUAUUUUAGUUUCCCAUUUUAUGGCCUACUAGGUUGUGAAUGGUUUGAUAUCAAUGGAACAGUUGAUCCCAUAUCCCAUAAUUCUCUAUCAGUUAGAUUUUCCCACUAAGUUGUGAAGCUGGGGCUUCAGGAAAAUAGCUACCCUCUCUCUCCAUCACUCUGCACCUCUCCCGUGCCCCUGAUUUAGUCUCCUCUCUUCCUCUACAGGGUUCGCUGAGGAAAGAGUUUCCCCAGAACAUCGGGGGCAGCGACGUGUGCUUCUUCUGCCGGAAGCGUGUGUACGUGAUGGAGCGGCUGAGUGCCGAGGGCAAGUUCUUCCACCGCAGCUGCUUCAAGUGUGACUACUGCGGAACGACGCUUAGACUGUCAUCCUAUGCCUUCGAUGUGGAGGAUGGUACGUACGCCCAAUAAGCUUCUUUAGACCACUCGCCAUGAUCAUAUUGUAGUGUUCUUUUCAGUCAAUACAAAUGUAAGCUGGUCCCAGAUCUGUUUGUUACAUGUGAACAGACCUACCUCGCAUACACUGUUGAUAUGUUAACAAAAACACCUCACUGAAUGACAGUCACUUUGUUUUGUCUUGACAAAAUUCAAACAGGGCACAGACAUUACUGACAUGCAAUCAGAUCAUUUGAGAGUCGCUCAAAUGAGCUUGUUACAUGAUCAUGAUACUGUAGAAAAUGCUGACUGACAUGUUGGCCUACUCAUAGGCAGACAUACAGUACCAGUCAAAAGUUUGGACACACCUACUCAUUCAAGUUUUUUUUAAAUUUUUACUAUUUUCUACGUUGUAGAAUAAUGAAGACAUCAAAACUAUGAAAUAACACAUAUGGAAUCAUGUAGUAACCAAAAAAGUGUUCAACAAAUCAAAAUAUAUUUUAUAUUUGAGAUUCUUCAAAUAGCCACCCUUUGCCUGGAUGACAGCUUUGCACACUCUUGGCAUUCUCUCAACCAGCUUAACCUGGAAUGCUUUUCCAACUGUCUUGAAGGAGUUCCCACAUAUGCUGAGCACUUGUUGGCUGCUUUUCCUUCACUCUGCCGCCGACUCAUCCCAAACCAUCUCAAUUGGGUUGAGGUCGGGGGGAUUGUGGAGGCCAGGUCAUCUGAUGCAGCACUCCAUCACUCUCCUUCUUGGUAAAAUAGCCCUUACACAGCCUGGAGGUGUGUUGGGUCAUUGUCCUGUUGAAAAACAAAUAAUAGUCCCACUAAGCGCAAACCAGAUGGGAUGGCGUAUCGCUGCAGAAUGCUGUGGUAGCCAUGCUGGUUAAGUGUGCCUUGAAUUCUAAAUAAAUCACAGACAGUGUCACCAGCAAAGCACCCACACACCAUAACACCUCCUCCUCCAUGCUUUACGGUGGGAACUACACAUGCAGAGAUCAUCCGUUCAUCCACAGCGCAUCUCACAAAGCCACGGCGGUUGGAACCAAAAAUCUCCAAUUUGGACUCCAGACCAAAGGACACAUUUCCACCGUUGCUCAUGUUUCUUGGCCCAAGCGGGUCUCUUCUUCUUAUUGGUGUCCUUUAGUAGUGGCUUCUUUGCAGCAAUUCGACCAUGAAGGCCUGAUUCACACAGUCCCCUCUGAACAGUUGAUGUUGAGAUGUGUCUGUGACUUGAACUCUGUGAAGCAUUUAUUUGGGCUGUAAUUUCUGAGGCUGGUAACUCUAAUGAACUUAUCCUCUGCAGCAGAGGUAACUCAGGGUCAUUCCUGUGGCGGUCCUCAUGAGAGCCUGUUUCAUCAUAGCGCUUGAUGGUUUUUGCGACUGCACUUUAUGAAACUUUCAAAGUCCUUGAAAUGUUCCGUAUUGACUGACCUUCAUGUCUUAAAGUAAUGAUGGACUGUCGUUUCUCUUUGCUUAUUUGAGCUGUUCUUGCCAUAAUAUGGACUUGGUCUUUUACCAAAUAGGGUUAUCUUCUGUAUACCCCCCUUACCUGGUCACAACUCAACUUCUUGGCUCAAACGCAUUAAGAAGGAAAGAUAUUUCACAAAUGAACUUUUAAGAAGGCACACCUGUUAAUUGAAAUGCAUUACCUCAUGAAGCUGGUUGAGAGAAUGCCAAGAGGGUGCAAAGCUGUCAUCAAGGCAAAGGGUGGCUAUUGUUUAACACUUUUUUGGUUACUACAUGAUUCCAUAUGUGUUAUUUCAUAGUUUUGAUGUCUUCACUAUUAUUCUACAAUGUAAGCAAUAUAAAAAUAAAGAAAAACCCUUGAAUGAGUAGGUGUGUCCAAACUUUUGACUGGUAGUGUACAUAUACUGUUAGCAUGGUCAAUUAUACCAAGCCUUGUCCUUGUGGUUACAGUAGGAGUUAUCAGAUUGUCCUGCAUUGCCCUCUUAGAGCCUGCUCCAGUCUUGUGAUUUCAUUACUUUUUCUCUAUGGGUGUCAUAAGGUGUCUGUUGUGCUCGUGGAACAAGUAGCAGAUUGUUAGCAAUGACAGAGUGACUGUUUCUCCCUGUUUAGUUAGUGAUCCCAGUCAUCCCACUGGUAGAGCAGACUCCAGAAUGCCCACUGGGAACCUAGGGAGGGAGGGAGGGAGGACAAUAAUAGUGUCUACCUAUGAGCAGCAUACUCUCAUACACACAGAGGCUUUCACCAUACUGAAGAGUAUGCAACAGCCAGAUGAGGUGAAUGCAGGCUGAUCUGGAAAAGUGUUUUGUUUUGCACUGAUUUGAUAUUUCUCUGUUUUUGUCUCCUCUCCUAUAGGGAAGUUUUACUGCAAGCCCCACUACUGUUACCGCUUGUCUGGUCAGGCUCAGAGGAAGAGGCCGGCACCGACCCCUGCUCUGCUCAAUGCAAGGGUACUACUGACCCAUCCUCUCUCUCUACACACACACACACACACACACACACACACACACACACACACACACACACACACACACACACACACACACACAUACAGUGGGGAGAACAAGUAUUUGAUACACUGCCGAUUUUGCAGCUUUUCCUACUUACAAAGCAUGUAGAGGUCUGUCAUUUUUAUCAUAGGUACACUUCAACUGUGAGAGACGGAAUCUAAAACAAAAAUCCAGAAAAUCACAUUGUAUGAUUUUUAAGUAAUUAAUUUGCAUUUUAUACAUCAGAAAAGCAGAACUUAAUAUUUGGUACAGAAACCUUUGUUUGCAAUUACAGAGAUCAUACGUUUCCUGUAGGUCUUGACCAGGUUUGCACACACUGCAGCAGGGAUUUUGGCCCUCUCCUCCAUACAGACCUUCACCAGAUCCUUCAGGUUUCGGGGCUGUCGCUGGGCAAUACGGACUUUCAGCUCCCUCCAAAGAUUUUCUAUUGGGUUCAGGUCUGGAGACUGGCUAGGCCACUCCAGGACCUUGAGAUGCUUCUUACGGAGCCACUCCUUAGUUGCCCUGGCUGUGUGUUUCGGGUCGUUGUCAUGCUGGAAGACCCAGCCACGACCCAUCUUCAAUGCUCUUACUGAGGGAAUGAGGUUGUUGGCCAAGAUUUCGCGAUACAUGGCCCCAUCCAUCCUCCCCUCAAUACGGUGCAGUCGUCCUGUCCCCUUUGCAGAAAAGCAUCCCCAAAGAAUGAUGUUUCCACCUCCAUGCUUCACGGUUGAGAUGGUGUUCUUGGGGUUAUACUCAUCCUUCUUCUUCCUCCAAACUCAGCGAGUGGAGUUUAGACCAAAAAGCUCUAUUUUUGUCUCAUCAGACCACAUGACCUUCUCCCAUUCCUCCUCUGGAUCAUCCAGAUGGUCAUUGGCAAACUUCAGAUGGGCCUGGACAUGCGCUGCCUUGAGCAGGGGGACCUUGCUCUCUUCAGGUCAUUGACCAGAUCCUGCCGUGUAGUUCUGGGCUGAUCCCUCACCUUCCUCAUGAUCAUUGAUGCCCCACGAGGUGAGAUCUUGCAUGGAGCCCCAGACCGAGGGUGAUUGACCGUCAUCUUGAACUUCUUCCAUUUUCUAAUAAUUGUGCCAACAGUUGUUGCCUUCUCACCAAGCUGCUUGCCUAUUGUCCUGUAGCCCAUCCCAGCCUUGUGCAGGUCUACAAUUUUAUCCCUGAUGUCCUUAUACAGCUCUCUGGUCUUGGCCAUUGUGGAGAGGUUGGAGUCUGUUUGAUUGAGUGUGUGGACAGGUGUCUUUUAUACGGGUAACGAGUUCAAACAGGUGCAGUUAAUACAGGUAAUGAGUGGAGAACAGGAGGGCUUCUUAAAGAAAAACUAACAGGUCUGUGAGAGCCGGAAUUCUUACUGGUUGGUAGGUGAUCAAAUACUUAUGUCAUGCAAUAAAAUGCAAAUUAAUUACUUAAAAAUCAUACAAUGUGACAGACCUCUACAUGCUUUGUAAGUAGGAAAACCUGCAAAAUCGGCAGUGUAUCAAAUACUUGUUCUCCCCACUGUACACACACUGGAUCUGUCAUGUCGGACAAUCAGCAGAUGUAGGAUGUGUAUUGACCCCCUCCUCCCCUCCACCUCUGUUGCGUCUUCAGGAAAACCAGGCGUCCUUGCCCGCCGUGGUCACCGUGGACUCCCCCGGGAGGGGGGAGAUGGCAUCGCCGUCUCCCACCGAGCGCCGGACCUCAGGUACCCCCACUAGCCCACUCUCCUCUCCUCUAGCUGUGGUGCCACUGCCCCGCCUGGCCCCGCUGGCCCGGGCUCGAGGGGUGGGGGAGGGGCCCCUGCGCACCCUCCGCCGCACCCUGUCCUGGACCUGCCACCAAGUGGAGCUAAACCCCCUCGACUCGCCCUUCCUGUAUACCUACUGUAUCUACCUCGUCUGCUGUUUCACCCUCAACGCCCUGCUCAAUCUCCUAGCAUGACCUGCAGCAUGAUGUACUACAGUACUCAUAGAACAUAUCCCCCUCCCCCCUCCAUACUUCAUAAAUGAAUGACUCUGAGUGAAUGUAAGCUAGCAUCCUCUAUUCCUCUUUCGUAUAGCUAGCUGUCCUAUGGAUGUGAAUCUUGUGAUUCUGUGCGUGUGGUGUGUUGUUUAUUUCUUGAAGAUGCAGCAUUCCCUCCCCUUCGCAUCCAAUUUUUGCCAGUAAAGUAGCCCCACUGGCAGCUAAAUUUUAAACGAAUGGUGCAUCUCCUUUGAUUUCUCACGGCUGGGAAAUUAAAAUAACAGUCAGGCAAAAUGAUGAGCCUUCGCUGUUUGCUUCUCUGGGUUUUUAAGACUUAAUUCAACUGUAGUUACUUACCUUUUCUCACUGUGUUAUUAUUAAUUUAACGAGUUAAGUCAUUUAACAGUAACCUGUUGAAUUGAUUUAAUAGUUGUACAUUAAAUGUAAUAUUUAUAUUAAUUUAAUUAAAAUAUUAAACAUGUUAUAUUACUCAACAAAUACAUUGAGUAUGCUCUUUUGCCUGCCUGUGCUUUAAUCGAAGGCCAAACUCUAUUGUGAUUGUAACCUGUAGUGGUCUGUGACUUUCUUAGCUUUACCUUGUCCUAUUUGACCUGCUCACUAGAAACAUGCCUGUAUAGGUGCUUGUGAUUGGUUCUUUGUAAGCUUUACCUUUUCACCCUCCUGUCAGAGCAGCCUGAAGCUGAGAGCUAGUGCUUGAAACAGUGCUUGUGAUUGGUCCCUUGUUAGGUCCACCCUCCCUCUCCUCUCUCAGACCGUACCGUCAGUGGCUGUCCUGUCUGUCCUCCUGCAUCCCUCUACCUUCCCACCCCUCUCUUUGCAUUCUAACACCUCCACUGCUUUUGCUAAAUGCUGCAUUUCUCUUGCAUGUACUGUAGUCUCAUAGAUGCUACAGAUGAAACGUGUAGGUUGAUGUAUCUAAUGUACGGCUAAUUAUCUAAAGUGUGAAGUUUGUAGCUUAGAUUAUUUUAUUAAGUAAUCUGUAGGCCUACUAGGCCAGUAUUAUAUUUAAGGUAAGUAUAAGGUAUCAUCCCGCAACUACUAGAACAUUUAUACUUGGUAAUAAGAUAAGAUAGAAGCAGGCCGCAGACAUGACAUAUACACUACAAAAGUAUGUGGACCCCUGCUCGUCGAACAUCUCAUUACAAAAUCAUGGACAUUAAUAUGGAUUUGGUCCCCCCCUUUGUUGCUAUAACAGCCUCCACUCUUCUGGGAAGGCGUUCCACUAGAUGUUGGAACAUUGCUGCGGGGAAUUGCUUCCAUUCAACCACGAGCAUUACUGAGGUCAGGCACUGAUGUUGGGUGAUUAGGCCUGGCUCACAGUCGGCGUUCCAAUUCAUCCCAAAGGUGUUCGAUGGAGUUGAGGUCAGGGCUCUGUGCAGCCCAGUCAAGUUCUUCCACACCGAUCUCAACAAACCAUUCCCCAAACUGUUGCCACAAAGUUGGAAGCACAGAAUCGUCUAGAAUGUAAUUGUAUGCUGUAGCGUUGAUUUCCCUUAACCGGAACUAAGGGGCCUAGCCCGAACCAUGAAAAACAGCCGCCCGACCAUUAUUCCUCCUCCACCAAACGUUACAGUUGGCACUAUGCAUUCAGGCAGGUAGCAUUCUCAUGGCAUCCGUCGGACUGCCAGAUGGUGAAGCGUGAUUCAUCAGUCCAGAGAAUGCGUUUCCACUGCUCCAGAGUCCAAUGGCAGGGAGCUUUACACCACUCCAGCCAACGCUUAGCAUUGCGCAUGGUGAUCUUAGACUUGUGUGCAGCUGCUCGGCCAUUGAAACCCAUUUCAUGAAGCUCCUGACAAACAGUUAUUGUGCUGAUGUUGCUUCCGGAGGCAGUUUGGAACUCUGUAGUGAGUGUUGCAACUGAGAACAGACGUUUUUUACACGCUACGCGCUUCAGCAUUCGGCGGUCCCGUUCUGUGGCCUACCACUUCACAGCUGAGACGUUAUUGCUCCUAGAAAUGUGUACUUCACAAUAACAACACUUACAGUUGACCGGGGCAGCUCUAGCAGGACAGACAUUUGACCAACUGACUUGUUGGAAAGGUGUCAUCCUACGACGGUGCCACGUUGAAAGUCACUGAGCUCUUCAGUAAGGCCAUUCUACUGCUAAUGUUUGUCUUUGGAGAUUGCAUGGCUGUGUGCUCGAUUUUAUACACCUGUCAGCAACGGGUGUGGCUGAAAUAGCCGAAUCCACUAAUUUAAGGGGUGUCCACAUACUUUUGUAUUAAUGGCUAACAUUGAUCAUUUCAUAACACAUACUAACCUGUGGGAAUCCCUAUCAUCAGGUUGGUCGAAUCGGAUUCAUUGGCUCAUGAAUCUAUUGUCUCAUGAGACUGUGAUGCAGACUCUAUUGUCUUCUAAAUGCUCCCUCUGUGAUACUAGAGUUCUGCAUUCUUCAGUUUCACUAAUCUGACAUAAACUGUCACCACUAGCGCCAUCACAUAAAAACAAAUGAAGUAUCUCACUCGCUGCCUCACCACACCAUGCUUUGGUGAGGGUUGCAUGCGGCCAUUGCUUACAACACAUUUUCUGUUGGUAAGUUUAUCUCUCACCUUAUUUUAAGCUAUAUUUAUCAUUUUAAAUAACAGUUGCAGUGCCCUAUGCCAGUGUGUAAUCUCACCUAAAAUUUAGACUGAUUCUACUAGACCAGGAAUGGGCAACUUUGAUGGGGGUAGGGGGCCACAUAAAAUCAUGAAGGGCCGCAUUGGCUCACUGGUCUGCGUACUCACAUCCAUAUCCAUCCUGCAACUCUACACAUUUUGCCAUGGGGCGGAGAGGAGAUUUUGACAUUUUAUAACUAAUUUCAUACAACUCUACACAUUUUGCCAUGGGGCGGAGAGAAGAUUUUGACAUUUUAUAACUCAUUUCAUACAACUCUACACAUUUUGUCAUGGUGCGGAGAGACGAUUUUGACAUUUUAUAACUCAUUUCAUACAACUCUACACAUUUUGCCAUGGGGCGGAGAGAUUCGGGAUGCUAGUUGCCCAAUCCUGUACUAGACUGUCAGUGUCUGUCAGUUUUACGACUUGCUAGAAAGGAUGGGAAAAAGGCAAAGUAGUACCAACCUUUACCCUGUUGCAUAUAGAAUUUUAGAUUAUAUCAUUCUAUAUAUUAUAGUAUAAAUAAUAUAUAUUAUAUUUGUGAGCCACUGUAGGAAAAACAAUUAAUGCAAUAAAUUCUUAGAAUGACUGUGUGUUUUUGUCUGUUUGUCCUAGAAUCUAAAGAAAUGUGUAUACAAACAUAAAAAUGUCUCAAACAUGACACACAUCAGUUGGUGCUCAACUAUAGUCAUGGAAACGUGACUAUGGAAAAGAUCUGGUUGCUAGAAUGUUAUACAGUAGGUACAGUAUACUGGUCCGAUGGUAUAGUGCAAACCUUGAGAGAAGUUGCAAAGGAGCAUAGCACCAGUUUGAAUGAUACGCGAGCCUGCAUAGUGUCUACAGCCUUGCAUGGCUCUUGCACUGCUGUAUCCCUCCAGCUCCUCUCCUCAAUCAUGCUACCCAUCUGAUUCUUAGAAAGCCUGUCUGUAUUCUCUCCCCCACACCCCUCCGCCCUCGCCCCUCCACGGUCCACCCCAGUCCCAGAGGUCAACGGGCUGCAGGAGCCCAGCCUGCCUAAGCGUCUGCGGGGCACGCCGGAGCGCAUCGAGCUGGAGAACUACCGUCUAUCUCUGCAGCGGGAGGAGGAUCUGGAGGAGGUGCCCGAGGAGAUGCUGGCCGAACACAACCUGAGCAGCGUGCUGGACAAGGACAAACACGCAGACCUGGGCUCCAGGUAAGACAGAGGGACAGUCAACUCUGCGAGGGGUGGCUAGUGGCAGCAACUGUUGAAUAUCACCAACUUAGGACUGUGUAUUGUAAUGUACACAAACCGUGGCAGAUGCUUAAAUUAUCAUUUAAUAUUGCAUGCUCCUAUGUGAUGGUUAUGGUCAGUGCUUGUCUAGUAUUAGAUACAUACAGUGCCAGUAAGUGUUGGUGUGUGUAUAUCCUCUGUUGCACUCCUACAGCAGCUCUGAGUCUGACAUGGAGGAGGAGCAGGAGCCCCCCAGCCCCUCAGACCUGGGAGGGGUACCCUGGAAAGAGGCUGUGGAGCUUCAUGCUAAGCUGAAGACCGACAGCGACCCAGGGGCCGAGGGAGAGGACGGGGCUCAGGCUCACAUUGUUAGAGACCUAAAGGUGGCGGAAGAGGAGGAGGAGGAAGAUGAUGAAGAAGAGGACGAUGAGGAGGAAUCGAGUGAUGGUAAAACUAUUUUUCUUUACAAAAUGAAACAGUUUAAAUUUGACAAAGUGUGUCUACUGUGUGUAGUUUAUCUACAGGUUCAGUUUUCAGAUGUCCUGUUGGAGUGCUGAUAUUCUGUCAUGAGAAAAUGUAUUUUUUUUUAAUGAGAUGUGUGAUUUGGAAUGUAGCAGACCUGUCACUCAGUGGGUUCUACAGUAAACUGGUGCCAGAGAGGUGUCAUCCCUAUGAUGUCAUCCCUAUGAUGUCUUCCUCAUCUCUCCUCCUCAUAUGUAUGUGAACAUUCUGUCUUCAUCUCAACUCUGUGACUAUCGGUCCUCUAUUUAUCUCAGAACAGACUAAUUCUGCUUUUUAGAGAAAAGUGUACCUCUUUCACCUGUCACUGUAAAGUCAUUGUUUUCCUCAUCUUCUCCGACCUCCUCCCUCUCCCUCUCCUCCUUUCUUCCUCCGUGUGUGUGUGUGUGUGUGUGUGUGUGUGUGUGUGUGUGUGUGUGUGUGUGUGUGUGUGUGUGUGUGUGUGUGUGUGUGUGUGUGUGUGUGUGUCUCUCGUGUGUCUGUGUCUGUGUGUGUGUCUCUCGUGUGUCUGUGUCUGUGUGUGUGUCUCUCGUGUGUCUGUGUCUGUGUGUGUGUCUCGUGUCUGUGUGUGUGUGGGAUAUGAUAUGGGCCAUGUCUCCCCCUACUGGCAGAGGGGGAGUACUGCCCGUGGGACAGGGAGCUCCAGUCAGGCGUAUGGCUGGAGAACCUCAAAGAUGAAGAGGAUACAGGUACAUUUAAAGGUAGCACCACUGCCUGCAGAUGGGGUUUGCACACUUAUCGACGAGUGAAGGAACCUUCUCAUUAAUUAACUCUUGUGUUGGGUUUGUUUCUUUUUACCAGGCUUUCUCCUGAAGUGUUGUGUUGGCAUCUUUGUGUGUUUGUGUUAUCUGUUUUGGUUAUGUUUGAAUUGUGGAAUUUUGAUUGAGAAGGACGGUUAUUUUUUAUUCUCAGUUUUACAUUCUCAAGCUGAAAUAUUACCACUUGUUUUAUUCUAUCCCUUAACAUUCUUCUUAUUCACUUUUUUUCUUGCAACUUUGUUUUUGUACUAAUCCACUUAUACUAAGAAAAUGUACAGUGUCCCUUUUAGUCAGUCAACAGUUUUGCUAUGGUAGAGACUUUGUCUUUCAGAUGUAUAAUAUUUUACUGUAAAGCUGUUACUGUUGUUCUAGGACACUAGUGCAUGCAGCCUCCAUCUCCUUCCUGUGGUAAAUCAUAUUUCAACCUUACUGUCUCCUACUGGUCUAAAAUCACCUCUCUGCCUUCUCUCUCGUCUCCCUCUCUUUCUCCGUUCUGUCCUGUCUGUUUACAUUUGUGUUCCUACCCCCAUUCCUCAAUGACUCUCUCAUACAAACCACACACACCACCAUCACACACCAACCAUAUACGGUCCACCCCCUACACCUCCAUACAGCCAGAUACCUGCAGAUCCAGCAAGUGCUGCAGCCUGUGGAUCCUACAGGCAUUAAGAAUAUCAGAGGAGUCUCCGUGCUGUCGGAGGGGCCUCCUGCCUCGGCCUCCCAGCCCUCCACCACGCUCACCCAGCCCUCCUCCACAGGUAACCCAGCCCAGAGGAGCUGAUCCCUGGGUACACUUCCCAGGCCGACCCCUUGGCUCCCUGGCUGUGGGUCUCCCGGUUGGGGGAGGGGACCAGUGUCUCUCAUCAGACUGGCUACUGCCAACCCUCCCUCCCACACUAACCAACCUCUUGUCUAUAAUCAUAUGUGGUUUUGAUUGUCCUGCUUUCUUUUGUGUCUCUGAUUUAUGUUGUGUCUCAGUGUUGUCGCGAAGGGGUCUGGGGUUGUGACCGGUGGACAGAGACACAGGUGUCACUUGGUCAGGUCAAAGUUCACCAAUCACACCCCAGAUUCCUUCCUUUAUUUAUCCCUUUUGUUUAUUCUCUCUGUUCAUUUGGUUUGGCUUUGUUCUGUUCCGUUGUUUCUUUCCCAUGUGUCUGUUCUGUUAAUUUCCUGUCCCAACCAUGUUUGUUUUAAAUGUAGCCCCCGCCAACACAUCCGCCCGUCAUGAGGCUGUGCGAGUCUGGUUGGAGUCGGUGUCCGGAGGUAGUGCAGAGCGAUAUAUGUGAUCAUUAUAUAUGAUGAUCCCUAUACCUUUGGCUUACAGCUCUAUUCUGCUCUACCUUCCUUAUAGCAUGGCAGCACACACAGACACACACUCACAAGCAUGCAUGCUGGAACUAUACCAACACUUUACCAGUUUACUCACCACCCAACCUUGCUUCCCUGUACGUCUGAUCAAACUAUAAAGUAAAGUAUUGGAGUAGAAGGAGACGAGUUAUGGGGUGGGGUGGGGGGGGGGGGGGGGGUAGUGGUAGUUUAAAAGCCUGUCAGAUAUAAGGGGUCUGAUCAUUCUGGGGCAUCACCGCAGGGUGCCAGGCCAGCCAGGAUAAAGCUCUGUAAAAGCUGUGCUUCUCUUGUAGGCUACACACCACACUCACCAGGGCUGUUGCAAGCCUAUGGUAGUCUGCCUGGCGUGCACAAUGAUGUCACUAGAUGGGUAAUGACUUGUGUGGGUGGAGUUGUCAGUUAGAGCGCUGUCAGUUCUCUUGAAUCCUUGUUUUCCUUUGAUAUUAACAGUGGCAUGUUUCUGAGGUGGGCUGACUCCCAUUUCAAGGUUUUGGGGCAGUUUCGUUCUUGACAAACACACAAAAAACAUACAAACUAGUAACAUAAAGUGUAUGGAUCUCACAAGGACCCUUUUGACAGGAGGGAUACUUUUGCUUUCCCACUUCAACAUGGAUGCAAUUAACACCUUGUGGAUUUGCAAUUGCUUGAUGCAAGUGUCCUCCAUUUGCAUUUGCAGAAAUGGAUCAGUGCAUGUCUCUAACCACGAAUCAUGUCAUGAUAUAUGCUCUUCUUUUUGUUUAUUGUUUAUCUGCAAAGGCUGUUUUGUGCAAAUAUAUGUGAGUGUUAUAAUGACGUGUCUAUGAACAUCUUACCACAAAUCUCUUUUUAUAGUUGUCCCAGAAAUGGACUUUUCCUAAGCCUAGUCUGUAUUAGGAGUUAUUAUAGAUCCCCUUUCAUGUGCUUUUCUCAUUUCUGUCUCCACGCUUCAAAUUCACCCAAAGGCCUUUUUCUUAAGUGUUUGUUUAACCUUUCAUUUCUUGCCUUUGCCCUGAGGUCAGAAAAUGAGAGGGUUCAGAUUAGACAGCUUUGAGCGAGUCUUAGACAGCUCUCUUUGGUUGAACCUAGGGCUGUUACGGUGAUUGUAUUACCGCCACACAGGUGGUCACGAGUCAUGAUGGCAGUCAAAUUCCAUGUGACCGUUUAGUCACGGUAAUUAGGUUUGUCCAAGCUCUGAUGCUGCUGAUGGUCAUUAGUAGCCUACCAAACUUGCUAACUGCCUGGUACUCAGCACUCUAUUGUCCCUCUAAUCACUCUGACAUUAAUGCAAAGGUAAUCGAAAAUCUAAUCAAACACUUCAUGAGAGCUCAUGUUGCGCAACAUUUCUGUAAGCUAUGCAAUUGCUUGAGAAAAAAGAGUGAUGGCCUCUAUUAAAAAGAGGAGGAUCCCAUCAGCUCUCUAUUAUCUAGGCCUACUAUAUUUAUUUGUCAACUUUCCUAAUAUUAAGCACGUUGCUUCUCUUUAAAACAGGAGUAUAGCCCACCUGGCUGGCAUGAAAAUGAACCACAGGAAAAGCGUCCUCCAUUCGCUAUUUAAGUGCAUAGAUUACAUGUUUUUUCCCUGCUGCCCCUGUUUCGAGACAGGUGCAUGAUAAUGGUCCAUUCUAAAUCAAAACAAAUUUCACACAUAUAUUCUUUAGUAUAUAAAAAAUAAAAAAUAAAAAUUUGCCAUUUAGCAGACGCUUUUAUCCAAAGCGACUUACAGUCAUGUUUGCAUAAAUUUUUUGUGUAUGGGUGGUCCCGGGGAUCAAACCCACUACCUUGGCGUUACAAGCGCCGUGCUCUACCAGCUGAGCUACAGAGGACCACGUAAAGACAAGAUUAAAUCAAGAAUAGUGUGAUGGGUGACAAUAUUAGCCUAUCACUUGUCAAUGAUGCCCAGCUUAAGGCAAACAGCGCAUGCUUUUUUUUUAGACUUUAUGAAAUCAUAGUCGCACACCUCAUGUAGCCUAGCCCAUAGGCCAAUAUGUUUUGUUAAGGUUUGUAUCAGAACUAAAGUGGUCAAAUAACUUCUUAAAAUGAAGCACAUUAAUUCACUUUAUAACGGGUGUAUAGCCUAACUGGCAUACAUACGCAGCGCGUGAGUUUCAAGUUUGGGGAAGAUAAUUUUCACCAUACAAAUGCACCUUUAUAAUAAAAGCAUUACAUGCAUAAUCACAUUUGUGGUCACUUUUGAGAAUGGUGUUUUCCUGCUAAUGGAACAUUUGCAAUUACAGCUUAUAUUAUAUUACUGCUGUGUGUGCAUUGCUGCGUGACAGAAUGUGACAGCCUAAUAGUUUAUCAACAUUUUAAGCUAAACGUUCUCAUCUGUUGCGUCAGACUCAUUGCUUAAAGCAUUUUUUGAUGCUAGUGGUUGUAUUAAUUUGGGAUCUAUCGCAUCCCACAACUGUCCCGGACUAUGUUUGGAAUAUUUCUUUCUCACAUAGAAUAGAAUAGGUCAACUUUUGUAAUACGGGUGAUAGUAGAUUGAUAUAGGCUAGUGCUUUUGCUGUGUGUUAGGCGUAAUCAUCUUGUUGUCUGACGAAAAGUAAAUGUGGACAGUUCUUCCAAUAUCUUCAAUAUGUGCCUCGGAAUUGGAUAAGGACAUUUGCAGUUGCGUCCCCCGAUGUGUCUGUCUUUACUUGUAGCCUGUGAGAAAGACCUGAUCACGUGACUGAGAGCCAUGUGAGUGAGAGGUGCUUUGGCACGCAGCGGGGAGAAGGGAAUUAUAAUUAUUAUAUUCAGCCCAAGGGCACAGCGGCCGCUGUCCGCAAAAGGCAUGGAUAUUUUUUUUGGGGGGGGUUUAAAAUAAAAAUUGCAGCCGGGAAAUUCGAGGCAAUAUCAAGUGCUUGUCAAAUUGUGAAUGAGAGACUGAUGAAGUGUGUAUAGCCUGCGCAAAAAACAAAGCAGAGCUCAUGCCUUUCAUGCAACUUUUUUCAAAUCAUCAUUAGAGUCUCAUCAUGCAGCCUUAGAAUGUAUUAAAAAUCUAAACUUAUAGCCCAACAUUUGUAUCACAACUAAAGUUACAUAAAUAUCUCUAAAUUAAGCAUAUAGGAGUACCUGUUUAACUGCUCAACACAGAAUAGCCGCAUGUGCGCACUGCCUCAAAUUGUUUGUAGAAAAUAUCCUUUCUAUUUGAUUCAGCUUUGUUCAAUUGUAUUCUUCAUACUAUAAAAUAAUAUAAAAUAAUGCCACUGAAUUCUAAGCAAAUCUUGUCUGCUAAAUGAACUAGUGUAGCCCACAGCCAUAUGGUAUAGCCAGAUCAGGGCCUAACAUAAGGACAACGCAGAGUAUGCUAUUCUGUUCUUCUGAAAUAGACUACAUUUUCUUCAUAUCAUGUUUCUUUAGACCUGUCUAGAAUAAAUAAUGGAUUUAUUGUGAUGGUGUAGGCUAUAUUACAUGGAUUUAUUAUACUUUUUAAAAUGUAGAUAUUCCAAAGGUCUGCAUCAGUGGCUUGUAGGCUAUGCUAAAUGUGUUUAUGUUAAUUAACGGUAAAUUACCGUGAGACAGCCAGUUAUUUGCUUGACCAUCACCGGCUGACAAAAUGUCAUGACCGCCACAGCCCUAGUUGAACCAGACUAAAAGCUCAGUUGGUACCCUGUUUAACUGUUUCCUCACUCUCCUGUGCCCUCAGAGACCUGUGAGGAUGAUGACCCGGAAGCAGAAGUUGGCAGCCAUGAUUUUGAGCCAGGCACAGAGAUGGACCAGGGUAUGGAACCAACUUUUUCAACAAAUCUGCUAUUUAGUUUUCUACUUAUUCAUUUAAUACUAGAGUGAGGUUUCACAGAAUGUGUAUGAACAACUGUACUUUAUGAGCUAUGAUGACAGCAAGGGUUAGACUGGUGAGGUACAUUAUCGGGUUCUAAGAUGUACUUGUUAGUACAUUGUUAGGGCGGAGACAUGAGCAUCUCGUCAUUAUAUACAGAUCUCUGGUAUAAGUGAGAGUCCACCAGGAAGUGACAUCACACUUACCUCUCACCUCUCACACCACAGAUGGAACAAUGAACCAGAUAUUUCACUGGAUGUAUAAAUGUGAAGCAUCCGGUUGGCGUUCCCACUCACUACCAAAUAUGGUGAGGUACAUUAUCGGGUUCUAAGAUGUACUUAUUGUCUAUGUUAUUACAGAAGACAUUCCCUCCGACGCGGAGGCUGAGGCUCAUCUACACCAGUCAGAGAUCAGUGAAGCACUUCCUGAAGAGGACAAGAAGUCGGAGAGUCAGGGGUUCGCCUCCAGCAUUGAACAAUCUAGUGUCAGUCUGGUGAAGUUAGUUGGGGAAGUUGUGCUCUUGCCAGUCAAACCACCGACUCCACAGCCUGAUUCACAGGUAAGAAAUGUUGGUAACACUUUACAUUAAGUUGCCCCUAUUACUAACAACGUAGGAGUUACAUAGGCUUUACUAUAUAAUUACAUGGUAAUCGGGUUGUUUUGUGGAAUCAGUUAUUACACAAUUGGAACAAGGAAUGUGUAAUUACACAUUCACUUGCUGAAGGUUAUGCCACAUGAGUAACUUUAUGUUAUUACUCAUUUUCUUGUUCCACUAUGUAACUAAUGUUUUGUAAUUACAUGUUUGAAAGUCACCUGUGAAUUACAACGUUAACACCUCAAACCAAAAUCGGACCUUGUUACAUGUUACUACAUGGUGCCACUACCAUUGAAUCCAAUGUAGUUACAUAGGAUAUACUUGUAAUUAUUAUGUACCUAUGCAGGCGCAGGCAACUUAAUGUAAAGUGAAACCCAGUAGAGUAUAAUCUUUAUAAUUACUAUGUAGUUACAAUGUAACAACCUUUGCAGACACUAGGCUAAACAGGAGAAAUUAGGAGACAUGACAAAUUAGGUAUAAACCUUUUAGUUACAAUGUACUUACAAUGCAACAAUCUUUAACAACCAACCCUGUAUUUGCAAUAUUGUUACAAGGGAUAUACACUGAGUGUACAAAACAUUAAGAACACCUGCUCUUUCCAUGACAUAGACUGACCAGGUGAAUCCACGUGAAAGCUAUGAUCGCUUAUUGAUGUCACUUGUUAAAUCCACUUCAAUCAGUAUAGAUGAAGGGGAGGAAACAGGUUAAAGAAGGAUUUUUAAGCCUUGAGACAAUUGAGACAUGGAUUAUGAAUGUGUGCCAUUCAGAGGGUGAAUUGGCAAGACAAAAUACUUAAGUGCUUUUGAACAGGGUAUGCUAGUAGGUUCCAGGCGCACCGGUUUGUGUCAAGAACAUGUUAUUUCUCCAACCUCGUGAAAGUGACAAACUGGCCCAUUUUCAUUUUUGUCAAAAAUAACAUUAUAUCGAAGGACCGUUAGACCCGAUGACAUGUUUCUGGGCAUUACGUGUUUCUGAGCUUAGCUAGACAACGUCACCAUGACAUCGCCUACAAGUGUGAUCAGGGAUGUGCCUAUCUUCAUACUGUACUGUCUUUGACCUAAGCUUGUCACCUGCCUUCCCACCUUUGGGACAGCGACUCCCAUUGUUAGGGCGGAGACAUGAGCGUCUCGUCAUUAUAUACAGAUCUCUGGUAUAAGUGAGAGUCCACCAGGAAGUGACAUCACACUUACCUCUCACCUCUCACACCACAGAUAGAACAAUGAGCCAGAUUUUUCACUGGAUGUAUAAAUGUGAAGCAUCCUGUUGGCUUUUCCACUCACUAGCAAAUAUGGGGAUGAGAGGAAGCCCAGUGGCUGGCAGUGGGAGAAGAUGGAGCAAGAUGGAUUUUGGUCGACAUUCUGCACAUUUUCUCAUCGAUGAAACAUUUGAUCUCCAUACAGUUUUCUGUUUUCAAAACUAAAAUCUGUAACAAACUGAGUGGGCUGCGUUUUGUAGACUUUAACCUUUGCCAAAGUUACAAAAAAAUUGAGUUGUUUAGAAGGGGUGCAAGGGCGAAUUGAGUUAUUGCACAUGUGCACUUCACAGAGUAGACAUUCCCUAAUGGAAAUAUGCAAAUAAAUGCUAGAAUGCGCCAAUAGGAUCUCACUAGCUCGUGCUUGUUCUGCCCACUAUGAUUCAUUUGCUCCCAUUGGAAACAACAGGCUCUGGUCUAUCUUGGGUUAGUUAUACAAAUCUUUGCUCACACUCUCCUCUGUAGCCAAAAUGGAAGACGCAUGCUAUUUCUUUCUCUUCAUUAUUUUGUGUUUGUAUAGGUUUAUAAUGUGCAAAAGUGCAAUGUAAGUCUAAAAAUAGUGAAAUAACAUUGUUAACUAAAUGUUUCGUAAGAUUUAUGACGAUUUUGUAAUGUUUAUUGACCAAGUUAGAAAAUGUGUUGACAUUGUGCCAGUGCUUAGCUAGUUAGCUAGCUAGCAACAUUAGUGAAUGAUGGGGGAAGCUAGCUAGCUAGCUUUACCACCACCCGGUGUUAGUACGUUUUACUAACUAAAAUAGUUAUUGCUUUGAGUCUGAAAUGGGGAAUUUAAUUUGAAUGGUUUGAAUAUGAAUCUUUGUCAAAUCCAUUCAAGAAAAGUCAAACUGAAACAUUUCUCCUGUCUCCUUAUUUCUCCCGGUUAGCCUAUUGUCUGCAAAGGUUGUUACAUUGUAACUACAAAGUAAUAAAAAAUGUCACUUCACUUUACAUUGUUGCUUGCUCUUGGGUAAGUACAUUGUAAAUACAUGUAAAUCCCUUGUAACAACAUUGUAAUUACAGAGUUGGUUGUUAAAGAUUGUUACAUUGUAAGUACAAUGUACCUAAAAGGGUUAUACCUAAUGUUGUCCUGUCUCCUAAUUUCUCCUCGUUAGCCUAUUGUCUGCAAAGGUUGUUACAUUGUAACUACAUAGUAAUUAUAAAGAUUAUACUCUACUGGGUUUCACUUUACAUUAAGUUGCCUGCGCCUGCAUAGGUACAUGAUAAUUACAAGUAUAUCCUAUGUAACUACAUUGUACUAACAUUACACUUGAUUCGGUAUAGCCUUUGAGCCAGGUUAUAACAUACAAAAAACGAAUUGAAAAUGACCAGUAGUUAAUGACAGGGUGUUCCUUGUUACAAUUGUUGUUACCAGGUCCGAGCAUAUUUAUCAACUCUGGUAAUACCAUGUAAAUGCAUAGUAAAACCUAUAACUCCUAUGUUAUUACUGUGUUAAUUACAUAAUAAUAGGGGCAACUUAAUGUAAAGUAAAGUGUUAACUAAAUGUUUUCCUCUCAUCUACUAGUUCUGUGGUCUUGGCAUUCUAUGAGUUUCUCAGAGUUUAAAUGCUCCUCUUCCUCUGCUUGUCUUCCAGAUGUCUCACACCUCUCCUCCCUGCCUGGUCAAAUCCCCCGGCAUGCACUUUUUCCCAGAACCCUUUGCACUGGAGGACGUCACAACACCACAGAGGACAGCUCAGACUCCCAACGCCAAGAGCCCUCAAUACCCUGCCCCCACUACGUCCCCCAUCCGCUCCCCCGUUCGUUCCCCCGUCCAUUCCCCUAUCUGCUCCCAGCCUGUCCCACUGCUCGAAACCGUCACCACCAAAUCCCCCGUCAACUCUCCGCCCUGCUCCUGUCCCCCGACAGGGAACCCACUAUCUCCCAUCUGUGCCCAGCCACUGCCCUGCCGAGAGUCCUCCUCAUCCCUCACCUCUGACUCCCCCGUCAGAACUCAGCCUGUCCCUGCAGUCACCUCCACGCCGCUGGCCAAACCAGCCUCCUCUGACGGGGCUACCCCUGAGCCACAAAAAUCCCUAGACUUCUCAGAGCAGGAAACCACAGUCAAGAAGACGGACAUCAUCGAGGAGUUCUGGCUGAAGAGUGCCGAGAUCAGGAAGAGCCUGGGUCUCACCCAACUGGAACGUAGCAGCAGCAAAUCCCCAGAGAAAAGUCAUGUUACUGUGGGUAGGGUUCCCACCCCAGACUCCUCCUCGCCCAAGUCCUACACCCCAGAGGACCUGUCGGAGGAGCUUUCCCCUCUCCCCUUCACCGGCCGCUCGGUAAUCCGCAGGCUGAACAUUACGGUGGAGGGCCAGGUCAUCUCCCCCGUGGAGGCCAAGAGCAACGGCACGGAUCAAAGGGACCUCAGCAGCAGCUCUGGCCUGGGCCUCAAUGGCAGCACGACCACCAGCCAGACCAGCCAGGCGGCCAGCGACAGCUACAACACCUCCAACUCCACCAUGCUCACCCCGCCCUCCAGCCCCCCGCCGCCCCCGCCCAACGAGGAGCCAGCCACCCUAAGGCAGCAGCAGAAGCACCAUGUCUCCUGGAACAAUGGGAUCGAUGGCCCCACUACACCUGAGCCAGCCAAGGAGCCAGCCAAGGCAGCACCCACCAAGACCAAGAGCCCUGUGCCUGCACCGAGGACCCAACUCAGCCAUGUAUCUAUGCCAGUGCCCAAGCCUGCCCCCAGGACUACACUGGUCACCUCACCGGUCACAGCUCCGGUCACUGCUCCAGUGGUGAUCAUGAGACGGGAGAAGAGCAGCAAACCAUGUCGGGAGGAGGGGAGGAAGUCAUUCGUGGAAUGCGUGGCAGAGAUCCCGUUUGCGGACGACGUGGAGGACACAUACGAUGAGCGGACACCAGACACGACCAUGGACAGGUUCUACACCCCACCCACAAGCAGGCCCAACAGGGAGAGGGAGAAACCUCCUCUUUACCUGGCCCUGGCCAUGGAGAAUGGAACAGCCAAUUUCACCGGGAACCAGCAGGCCUCAAAAAAGGCCCAGCAGUUCUCCCCUGAGGCCAAGGAAAUAGCAGAGGAGCGGAUGAGAGCCAGAGAGAAGUCAAUCAAGAGCCAAGCUCUAAAAGAUGCCAUGGCCAAGCAGCUCAACAAGAUGAAAGAGACGGACUCGGCGAAGGGCGCUGCCGCCACGGCUAAAGUGGUGUGGAACGUGGCCUCAUCAGAGACUUCCGGAAAAAGUACUAAGAAGUCGUCCGGCUCUCCAAAGACGUCUGCGGUGAAAGCUCUGGAGUCAAAGAAGGUGGAGACUUUGCCAGAGCUUUUAUUCAGCAGUCAGAUUAACAAGAGUCUGGACGGCUCAACUGUCUCCUCUGAAGGCUCCGCCUCGGGAGGCAAGAGCAAGAAGCGCAGCUCCCUCUUCUCUCCACGCAAGAACAAGAAGGAGAAGAAAGCCAAGAACGAGAGCCGGCUCUCCGACAAGCACGGUACAGACAAGACGCCGUCGCCUCCCAAACACAAGUCCCUGUGGAAGGCAGUGUUCUCAGGGUACAAGAAAGACAAGAAGAAGAAUAAGGACGACAAGUCGUGUCCCAGCACGCCAUCCAGCUCUACCACCAACGACUCUGGGAGGAAGAGAUCGUCGCCUCUCGGGAGGUCGUCAGGUGAGACAGACACAAAGGAUUUCAUGGAGCCUGUAGUUUACCAUGGACCAUACCGCACUGACUUGCUUAGAGCUUGGUCAAGGCAUUUAGUCUAGAUAUCAAAUAAAAUGUUAUUUGUCACAUGCGCCAAAUACAACAAGUGUAGACUUUACCUUGAAAUGCUUACUUACGAGCCCUUUCCCAACAAUGCAGUUCAAAAGUAAGAAAAUUAACAAAUAGAUAAAAAGAAAAUAGCAACAAUAAAAUAACACAAUAAAAUAACAAUAACGAGGCUAUAUACAGGCUAUAUACAAGGAGUACCGGUACCAAGUCAGUGUACUGGGGUUUGGUUAGGUGAUUGAUUGAAGUACUAUGUACAUGUAGGUAGGGGGUGAAAAGUAGAAAGUCUGGUUAGCCGUUUAAUUAACUGUUCAGCAGUCUUAUGGCUUUGAGGUAGCAGCUGUUCAGGAGCCUUUCAGUCAGUCUUUGGUUAUAUGUUCUAGGCUAGUUAUUUUAGUUAUGGUCACUUCAAGUCCAGACAGAAAUAACAGGUAGAUUGUUUGUUUCUCCGUUCCAGAUUUGAAGUCGCGCAGAAACUUGAGCUUCUCUGAGGACUCGGAUAUGUCAUGUGAUGAUGUGCUGGAGAGGUCGUCCCAGAAGUCUAAGGCAGACGUGAGUCAUGUUUGUCACAGUUUUAUUUUCAUCUAUCAUCAGUUCACUCUCGAAAAACCUCACCCCCACUGUGGUAAUUGUUUGUGAUUUCAUAUGUUGAUUUAAACCCUUAACCCAAGCGGCAUACAGACAUCUUUGACCUAGUGUCAGGCAUUCAGAAGGAAAUAAUAGAGAAGAAAGCGGAGAAGGAGAAAAAAGUGAGGGAAAGGGAAAAAGAAAGAGAAGGGAAUGAGAACGAGGUCGAGACCUUGAUCGAAUCAUGAAGACAUCAUGGAGGUACUACACCAGGUGCAACAGUGGGAUGAAUGCUUUUGAAUUUCAAACAAGCAUCAAAAUUCAAAUGUCGAAUGUCAAUUACAAUAACUUUUUGAGGACUGUAUUAUACUCAAGCACCUAAAUUCUUAUUUUAACAGGAAGUAACUCAACCCAAAACAGAAUUAUAAAAGUAAUCAAAAAAGGUCUGGAGCUUUUCCAUUUUCUACGUAUUGAAUUGGCAUUUUAUUCUGUCUGCAAGCAAAGUAUUGUUAUAUUCACAUUAUAACUGGACUCGGGCAUCUUCUAGGGUGGGAGUUGAAUUUAAUUAGUUUUACUUAUCAUAUUAGUGAAUAGUCAAAAUAUGCAGUGUAAUUUGCAUUUAUUACGCUGAAAUGGUUGAAAUUCUAAAGUGUUUAGUCCGCUGCUGCUGUAUUUGUGGAGGUUUAUACAGUAGAAUAGAUGGAUCUCAGGGCCAGAGGCACGCAUUCAUCAUCCUAAACUUUUAAACACUUUCCAAAGCAACUCGGAAGAAAGAAAGUGGUAUUUUCCGGUUGUCGUUGUUAUUGUCUAGCCCAUGGUUAUGAUCACAACAGUCUGAACAUGUGUCGAAGCAUCAAUGGGCAUGACAAACAUGCUCAGAGUUUCCUUGACAUAUUUUGGACCCAGGUGCCUAGUCCCAGACGGUAUAGGUCUGAUGGUGCAGCAUAAAACGUAUUUUUAGCUCAAACACUUAAAAGGGCACUUCCUGUUCAUAAAGAGUGGAUCUCUUUGCUAGAUGCUAAUAGGCCCUGUGACGCUCAAUUAGGAAUACCAGGACUCAUUUGGUUCUGUGGUUUGUUUAGUGUUUGUAGUUCUUUAGAGAUGUGACGUUGAGUAGUGACAGUUCUGUGAGGUGAAAUAGUACCUUUUCUUCUCACUGGAAUAGUAGGUAGUCUACUGUAUCUUAUUGUCACCUGUUUUUGGCACAGACUGGUCUGCUAUUAGCUGUUCAGAUUCAUCUAUUUUUGGGCAAUCCCUUAAUAUUCAUUUAAUCAACCGUUGUGCGUCAAUGUUUUGGGUCAAUGUUUUGGUCACUUUGUCGCUGGGUGCCUUGGGUAUCUAUUUAAAAACAAAUAAUUUAAUUUAAAUGUUUGAUGAAUAAUUCAUGGUCGUAAUGUGGAUUCACAACUCAUAAAUAAUAAUAAUAAUAAUAAUAAUAAUAUGCCAUUUAGCAGACGCUUUAUCCAAAGCGAUUUACAGUCAUGCGCGCAUACAUUUUUGUGUAUGGGAAGAGCACCCUCGUCUUUGUGUAGGUGGGGGCCCUUUAACAUUGUCUGUUUGAUUGUGUUAGGGAUUGUGUUGAAAUAUGUAGUUUUUGUUGCCGAUUUUGAUUUAACAUUAAUCCAUUUAAUAAUUUCAUUUGUUUGUUUGUUUUGUUUUUUCUGUUUGUUUUGUUUUGUCUUCCCCAAGUCUGUUUAUGUCCCUCACGCAUUGGCGUUCAAGAGAGCGUACGCCACCAAGGUAGUGUGUACAUACAUGUCCAUUGUCCCACGUCAUAUCACCCCUGCGCAUGCGCCAAUCGUUGCACUACUACCCUAACCCUCUCUGUCCAUUUUGCCACAGCGGCUGCCCUGACCGACCUGCUGGAGGUCCAAACUACUGCACUCACUUUUCUGGUCACAAUGAAUGACAACUUUCCAACUUUCCAAUGCUGUUCAUUUUUCUGCUCCGGUCGGGUGUCAAUCAGCUUACCUUUUGUCUGUACUGGUCUGAUGUUAACCCACUGUUCUCCAGUGCUGCUAUCGGAUCCACUUGGAUUCCAGCUACCUCUCCUUGUUACGGUGUACUCCUUCUCUAUACUACUAUCGCUUUUCCUAUAUCGCUCCAGCUUUUUAUUGCAGAAAAAUUAUAACUGAAAGAUGACAAAAACCUUGUUAAAUGUAAAUGGACCAACUCAUAAAAUAUCCAUACAUUUCCAUACAUUUCAGAGAAUUUAUAGACUGGGGAAAUAGUACGAGUUUGAAAUAUUAUACAAGGAAAUCUAAGGUAUCUCAGACAUUUAUUGUUUUUGGUGGAUUUAUGUCUGUUCAGUUUUAAUUGUGUGUUUUGAACAUCAGGUUGUGUUAGAGCAGAUUGUGUUAGCAGCUCUGUCUAUUAGAUCCCUGUAGUAAAAGUCUCACCCUGUGGGCCUUAUCCGAGCUAUGCCAUUUCUAGAAUUGGUGAGCUCUUCUCGUACUCUCAAUAGUAGUCUUUGGUAUAACUGAUAGCCACCUCUCAAAAAGAAACACCAGUUUGUUAUUUACUCCCACUGUGGAGGAGGAGAGCUAUCGUUCUCUCCCAUAGGAGAAGGCUCCUCUGGUGUUUUUCUGCAAUGUCAUAGAUUGUAGAUUACAUUAUACUAUAUCAGUCACAUCUCGCUGGUCUCUCCCUAGAAAACGUUCUGUGAAUGUGUUCUGAACAUUCUGUGAAUAGAGAGGUUCCACUGUCCUGUCCGUGAAGGGCUUGGUUCCCACAGAGCCUGAGGGAGCACCUCUCUAAAGGCCUCUAACAUGGUGUAAUGUUGUUACAGAAAACCUACACAGAGGAGGAGCUCAAUGCCAAGCUGACACGGAGGGUACAGAAAGCUGCCAGACGACAGGCCAAACAGGAGGAGUUGAAGAGGCUGCACAGAGCCCAGGUAAGUAGUCAAUAGGAAAUGUUGUUUCUGGAAGAAAACUUAGUUGGUGUAGUAAGUAUCUUGUGUGUGAGUUCACAGGAGGGUCCAACUGGUGAACCAAGACUGCUGUGAAUUUUGAAUGAUUUUGGCAAGCCCAAUCAUCAAAACAGAACUUCAUGCAGAGAUCAAGACAAUACUAAUUAGCUAUGCACCCUCUGUGUUACCGCUUAUAAAUACUUGAUAAGACAAAAAGUGUGCCUUUUUACCGAAGAACAAAACCAAUCCAACUUUGAGAAAUUAAUUAUUAAGAGGGUUUCAGACAUUAACUUUAAACUCUUCUCAUACAAAAAGUUUUUAGUCCAGGGAACUGUCAAUUCAUUCAAAUAUGUUGAAUAUGUGUACUAUGAGACACUCUCCAAGUGUGUGUGUGUAUGUAUGUGCGUGUUCAUAUGUGUGGGUUCAUAUGUGUGGGUUCUGGCCUGUCGUUCCUUCCUCGGAUCAUACAGAGGGUUAGGGUUAAGGUUAGUACAAGCUUCACUCUGUUGACCUACGUUCGUGUAUGCACGUGGGUGGAGUGGGAUUUUUGGAGUAGCGGACACCUUUUGGUAACAUAAUAUCCUCGCAAGGUCCCACUCCCAUUCACAAGGGGGCGAUAGCAAAGUUCUUUAUUUUUGUGUUUUUAUUUUGUGAAAGCAAGGAAGAGUUGCCUUCCUUUGCUAGUAGUAGCUACAGUGCAUUCAGAAAGUAUUCAGACCCCUUGACUUUUUCAACAUUUGUUGCGUUGCAGUCUAAUUCUAAAAUGGAUUAAAUUGUUUUUUUCCCCUCAUCAAUCUACACACAAUAGCCCAUAAUGACAUUUUACAUUAACAUUUUAGUCAUUUAGCAGACGCUCUUAUCCAGAGCGACUUACAGUUAGUGAGUGCAUACAUUUUCAUACUGGCCCCUGUGGGAAACGAACCCACAAUCCUGGCGUUGCAAGCGCCAUGCUCUACCAACUGAGCUACAGGGGACAGACAAAGCAAAAACAGGUUUUUUUAUGUGUGUGCAAAUUUAUAUUAAAAACAAUAUCACAUUUACAUACAGUACCAGUCAAAAGUUUGGACACACCUACUCAUUCCAGGGUUUUUCUUUAUUUUUAAAAUUUUCUACAUUGUAGCUCAAUUUCGAGUCAAAGUAAAGGGUCUGAAUACUUAUGUAAAUAAGGUAUUUCUGUUUUUUAUUUUAAAUACAUUUGCCAAAAAGUCUUUACCUGUUUUCACUUUUUCAUUAUGGUGUAUUGUGUGUGGAUUGAGGAUUUUUAUUUGAUUAAUCCAUUUUAGAAUAAGGCUGUAACGUAACAAAAUGUGGAAAAAGUCAAGGGGUCUGAAUGCAUUCUGAAGGCACUCUAUCUGGCAGCCUGGCUAGCUGGCUUUUGCCUGGCUAAAAACAUUGCAAGCUAGCUAACCUUUUAAGCUUCCCACAUCUCCAUGUGAAAUAAUCAGAUUUGUAAUAACAAAAUAUGCCUUGGCAAAUAUUCUUAUACCUGCCUGUGUAACCUAAAACAUUAUCCCAGUUUGGUAAGCGGAGAAAAAAGCACAUGGCUAGCUAGUUGGCUACAGCAGGUUCUACCAUUUCACAAUAGCCUGUAAUCACUAGUUAUUACUUCUAAACAAAAAAAAGUUUUUUGUGGAUUCUUUUUGUUUGGUUUACUGUUUGAAAAGUUGCUUUCAUUAUAUUUGGUUAUCGAUGCAAAAUAGGCUACUUUGAUGAAUAGCCUAUAUAGCAUAUAGAUCAGAUCAAGUGACCAAGCGACAACACACAGCCCCCACGGCUGUGGAAGGAAUGAUAAGGCGUGUCUCAAUUUUCAUGUAGUAAAAAAGUAUGUUGAAUGCCGGAGUGUAUUACAAGGAGCCGCCCCUUUUGUGAACGACAUUGCAACACUCUGAAUCUUGCGUUUUGCGUAAAGCUUGUAGUAAGCUUUACGCCUUGAUCACACCGAUAGUCAUUGCGCAAAAUAGUACGCAGCAUCAUCUCAAUAUGUGUGCAACAAAAGUUCAACAUUCACCUUCUGCUACCAUUUCUGUCAAGCCGUCUACGCAUACAGUUUGACGCAUACGUUCGAUAAAUCCAACAUAUGGACCACACAGAACGCACUGCAACUGUCUCUGCAGCGCAAUGCUGCAAGGCAAACGCAGUGUUCCAUUGGAAAUGAAUGUACUUCUGGUGUACCAAAAUGCAAUAACCCUGUCGGUGUGAUCGAGGCGUUAGUGUGUGUGUUCUAAAUUGUUCUCUGGCAUGUCCUUGCUCCGUCAGAUCAUCCAGAGACAGCUGGAACAGGUGGAGGAGAAGCAGAGACAGCUGGAGGAGAGGGGCGUGGCCGUGGAGAAAGCCCUGAGAGGGGAAGCA